AUGCGCUCAUCGGUUAGUUAUAUAUUGUCUCACGCGCCUGGAGAGUCUGUAAUGUCGCACCCAGACUAUGCGCAACAUGCCCAGCAUCAUGCUUGUCUUUUGGUGCUGGUCAAAGGUAUUGGUGGUGUCUUAAAGAACUUUAAUAAACUGUGGGAGCGCAUACAGAAAGUUAAUAAUAUUAAAGUCACUGGCAGUAACCUUAAAAAACCUGAACAAGAACCAGAGACAUACAGUAUAUAUGAAGAUGAUAAACUGUCUAAAGAUAGAAGCUGUAUAUCAGACAAAACACCUGUGCCAAGUGAUCCAGCAGACAGCUUGUCUUCAAUGGAAAGCUUUCCCCAAUCUUCAUCAUCCAAUUCUUCUUAUGCUGUACAAGAGGAAAACUUCACAACACCAUCUAAUUUUAAAACCCAUGCCAUGUUUUAUGGGGAAAAUGACCCCGUGCCCGAUCUUGAACAGAAUGUAGCUGAUCUUAUCAAUUCUCUUUUUUGGGUGGUAGAGUCUAAAAGACUCGAGAGGUCCAGAGAAAAGCUUGACAAAGUCUCAUUACUUUUGGCGCCUUUUGAGAAAAAGGACUUUGUAGGUUUGGAUAUGGAGUCGCGUAAUAACAAAAAGCGCUGUAUGGGACGAGUCACGAAAAAUUUAGCUGAUCUUACAUUACAAGCUGGACUUGUAGCUGAGAGUUUGAGUUUAUAUCAUUCAGCUGCGGAAAUACUUAAGUCUGUGAAUGAUUGGUUGUGGUUGGCUGCAGCGAAAGAAGGUCACUGUGCGGCAUCAGCGAUACUCCUCUACCCAAACUUACGAAACACGAUGCCGCUCCAAAGGAACGCCAGCCUACAGGAGAGCUCGCCGAACAAGGCCAAGCCGCUGUCGCUGUUCCAACCGGGCGCCGACUCCAGAAAGUUCAAGCUGACGUCAUCGCCCCUGCGAUCGUCCAAAAACUCCAGCCCAGUGAACCCGCCGAGCGAACUCACGCCCUCUUCCUCCGAGAGCGUAGAGACUUCAUCUAGACAGUCGGAGACCGACAACGCGGACACCGAAUCGCUGGCGUCGAGCGACAUCGAAUUCCAGACUAAGUCCUACCUCAGCAUGGACCUCGCUUCCAUUCCAAGGCCCGCCCAGAUCAACAACCAGUACCUGCUCAGCGGCGAAGACAUAGCGGAGAAGUACCGCAAAGCGAUAAUACACUACAGCAAAUACCAGAACGCCGAACGUGAUAUUCAUAAACCUCACGCUGAGCGAACAGGAGAAGAUAUUUUUAAUCAGAGGUUCGACACGCUCGCCGAGAUCUACAAGGAAAUCGGCUUCCUACGCAAGGCCGCUUUCUACCAGCGAUUGGCCGCGACCCGCCAAGUCAGCGCGAACAACCCCAACCCCGAUUGGCAGCGCUGCUACUACCUCAUGCUGAACAGUUUCCCGGGGCACAAGCUCAAUUUGGACCCUAGCUACGUGGUGCAGCACCAAAUAGGUUGGCCCACCCUCCAGAUCCAAUUGCUGCAAGAGCUGGUGGUAGCCUCCCGGCGAAUGGGCCACCCCGCCCUAGCGACGCGACACAUGACAUUCCUGCUGCAGACCAUGUGGCCGCAUCUAUCGCGGCAGGAGCAUCGGGAUCUGGCUAUUCAGUUGCAGGCGGUGUCGGCGCAGUGCGAGGGCGGGCCGGUGCCGCUGGUGCUGGAGAGCGGGGCGGUGAUCCCGCCGGCGAACCUGACGCGGGUGCCGCUCUGCUCGGGCUUCGGGCCGCGCCCGCCCGCCGCGCCCCUCGCGCCGCACCCGCUGCGCGCCAAGGCGCCGCAGGGGCCCUUCAUCUUCACGCCCAUUCACUUCGGCAGCCUCGAGAGGAAGGCGCGCCAGGACGAGGGCCGAGUGGAAUACCUAUGGGUGGAGGACGACGUGUGCGAGGUGCAGAUGAAGCUCACCAACCCGCUGCCCUUCGAGCUGAAGGUGUCCAACAUGCGCCUCCUCACCUCCGGGGUGGUGUUCGAGUCGAUCCCGGAGACGAUAAUCCUGCCCCCGGACAGCCCCACCACGGUCAGCCUGCACGGCACGCCCAAGGAGGUGGGCGAGCUGCAGAUCCUGGGCUACUCCACCCAUACCCUCGGCGUCAAGUCCAACUGCCGCCUGAGGAACCUGCCGGCGGCGAACAGGUUCCCGCCUUCGUUCGUCAUCGAAGUGAUACCCAGCCUGCCGACGGUGGCGAUAGAGACCACGCUGAACCUGGCCGGCCACCUGGACCUGCCCAGCUGCGAAGGCCACGGCAUCAACGUCACCCUGUACAACGGCGAGGGAACCGAAUGCACCAUCAAGAUCACAAACACCAGCUCGGUGCCAAUCGAAUACCUGGACUUAUCCAUUCAGUCGAACAUGGAGAGCCAGUUGCAGUCGCGGGUGUUCCAGUGGUCGAGCGACCAGGUUCAGUCGCUGCUGCCGAUUCCGCCGAGCGGGGUGGCCGAAAUACCCUUGAGGCUGUACGCGGAGGCGGACUUCCUUGACCUCGGAGUGGGGGAGAACCCAUUCCCGAGCAGCCUGAUCUCCAACUCCUCCAGGGUCGGCUCCCCGGUGAACAACGCGCAGACUUCGCUGCCCACGCCGGGCUCGAACCCGCACACUUCGCUCAGCAGCGGCCUGCUCGCCAACAGGACGUCGGGGAGCUUCAGAUCUUCAAAUUCUCAGACGACAAGUUGGUCGGCCCCACUCUCCGUCAUGCCGCCGUCGAGAGGACGUCAAAUAGAAGCUCAGAUGCUCAUCAGAUACUCUGGUGGUGUGGGCAAAGAAAUGCAUUGUCGUCAAUCGACUCUGCAAUUCAAUUUGGAACUGCUGCCUAGCGUUUCUAUAACGCAUUGGGAUGUCCUGCCCGCGGAAAUACCCUCGCAGCUGUACCUGGUGCUGGACGUGACCAACCUGACCUCCGAGGAGAUGGACUUCCAGUACGCGCCGGGCAAGCACAUUCUGAUCGAGAGCAAGGAGUCACGAAGGGUGCCCGUUCCCCUGGACAGGUGCCCCUUCAAUGCUAGCCCACCCAAGACCAAUGAAGAAGAGAUAUCGGACUCUAAGUCUACCAGCACCGGCGGGUCCUCGUCGAGCCUGGAGCUGAUGUGUUCGGAGCAUAUCACGAGCAACGUGGACCUCCGCUGGCACCUGCUGCAGUCGGACCUCAGCGGCGCCGCCUCCGUCAAGGGCAUCACGCUGUCGCACUCCAUGAUGGACAUCGUCAGGAUGUCACCGCUGAACUGGGAGGUUAGCGUAAACAAUCAAUGCAUCAAACCACAAGAGGAGUUGAACUGCAGCGCUGGCGAAUGUCUGUCUUUAGGCGUAGCUGUGCAAAACCUUCUCAGCAGGCCGCUGCAUAAAUUAUGCCUAUCAGUACAAUUCUACCAGGACUAUAACAACGGAGUACUAAGUUAUAAACUGGAUAAUCGUGUGGCCACGGCUGGCAAUAACAAGGUGGUAUUGUCGUCGUUAACCGAAACGGAAAAAGCGUUCCACGAGUGCACCGUUGUGUUCUUAACUCCAGGCGAAUACAAAAUAGAUAUACAGUGCUCUACUACUGAACCGAUGUUAGAGGAAGCGGCCAUUAUAAAAGAUGCAGAUAGUCAUUCCAUAAUACAACCGUGCACGGGCGAAGUGAGCCACAUUUGGAGAUUCAUACCACCCGUAGCUAUAAGUGUCACAGAC